AUGGAUUCAUCCGUGGAAAACGAUAUAUAUAUAAACAAAACGUGGGUUCAAUGUGAAAGUUGUUUGAAAUGGAGGUUGUUGUCAAGUGAGGAUGCAGCCAGAGUUGAUCACAAUGAAUCAUGGUAUUGCUACAUGAACACUGAUUCAAAAUAUAAUAAGUGCUCUAUUUCUGAAGAAGAUUUUCCUGAAGAGUCUCAGUUUCAUCAAAGUGGAUUUAAGAUUGUCUAUUCACAGCUACCUGUUGGUAGCCUGGUUUUGGUAACAUUGAAGAAGUGGCCAAGUUGGCCAGGGAUACUUUGCCCUGAUCCUUUAAAAGGUAAAUAUGUGACCUAUGACCUGGAUGGAAAUGUUAAACAGUAUCACGUAGAAUUCCUGGGUGAUCCCCAUUCAAAAUCAUGGAUAAAUGCAACAUUUGUUGGACAUUAUAGUAUCACAUUAAAGCCAGGAAAAUGUGAAAAUAAAAAGAAGUGGCAUAUAAGUGCACUACAAGAAGCAUACCAUCUUUAUGGAUAUUCUCCAGAGCAAAGAUUGGAAAUGUGCUGCCUAUCAAAACAGGAUAAAUCCAAAGCAGAUGACAAAGUUGCUGUCAUGGCAAACAGAAGGUUGCCAGUUUCCAAAAAUAAUACUGAAACAAAAAAGCCCAAAUUCAGAAAAAGGAAAAGGAAAGCUAGUAUUUUAAAAUGCUGUUUUGAAAAUGUUUGUUCAGAUGAUGCCUUAUCAAAGGAAAAUAUGGUUGUAUCUGAGACAGAAGUUUUACUAACAGAACUGGAGCAAAUGCUACAGCAAGCUCUAGAACCCACAACAACACCCGAAGAGCCUGAAGAGGAACGUGGAGAGGAAAUAAAUACAGGAGAAAAGUUGCCUCAGUGGGACCCUGACGCUUUUGCAAGCAGUCUGUUUGAAAACCACUGUGAAGAGGACUAUGUUAUAAUUGAUGGGAUAAAAUUAAAAGCUGGGGAAUGUAUUGAAAAUAUAACUGACAAGUUUAAAGAAAUUGAGGCUUUGAUAUCUGAAUUAUAG